AUGACCUCUAGGAUACCUCCAACUGAGGCUACGAACGAAGUUUCCACUUCAGCUGCUGGUUCUUCUUCUUCUUCUUCGGUACAUGCGCAACACGAUGACAAGCCUGCUGAGGAAUCAACUGCUGCUGCAGCUUCCGCUUCCAAUGCAGAAUCCUCUUCCAACAAGAGCAGCGCUUCUCAUCGUUCAGGGCAAGGGCAUCCUCAACAUGAUCCUCCAUCGGCUAGCUACUCGGAGCCAUACAGCAAGUCACCGAGCGCACACUCUACUUCCAGCCCUCAUCCAUCAAGAAACAACCAAAACAAUCCAAACCAGAGCAACAUGGAUCCACAGCUCUACGAUCAACUCGACCUGAGUGAAGACAUUGAUGAGUCUCUGCUCUUUGGACAGUUUGCUGCUGGUUCUUCCUCGCAUGAAGAAGCAUCUCCAAGAUCACCAAAGGCACCGCCAAGCGAGGAUCGACGUCGACGAUCUCCUCCACAAUCUUCUACCUCUCAUCUUCCAACACAUCCAGCGUCCACACCACAGUCCUACUACCACCCACCAACGCCGUCCUACUCCAACCACCAUUCGCAGCAUGCUCAGUAUCCUCACUAUCCAACAUAUGCCAGAGAAGGUGGAUCCAAUUCCAGUAGUAGCAUUAGCAGUCACUAUAGACGAGCUUCUCCUCCCACUGGAACUCCGGGCGGCGGAUCCAAGCAUUCUUCUGCUGCCGCCGCCGCUGCUGGUGCUGGUGCAAGAUACCCGCCUUCUGGUUAUCCAAUUACUUCCCCCAAGGGUCGAAGUGGAGGAGGAGGAGGAGGAUACUAUCCCGGAUACCCACCACCGUCCUACUACAGUUAUCAUCCAGAACAAUGGGAAGGGUACUAUGCCCAACCACCACCUGGUCCUUUUCCAGAAGAAGAUGGGAUUCCAGUCCCGCCUUCCUCCAAGAAGACUCGACGCGAACAUGAUUUGGAUGUGAGUCGGACUCCCGAAAAGUUACCAGCCAGGAGUCCAUUUCAGUCUCCCGAUGUAUCCUCCAAGAAGGGAUUCUUUCGAAGAUCUCCACCUCCCUUUCAGCCAUCGCCUGGUCCGUUCUUUGGUCCUUCUGGAAGCUUUGGAAUGUUGGAUACGCCAUCGCAAACAUUGCCACCGUCCGACUUUUCGCCACUGGGCGCUCAGUAUACUUCCAAUGGGGAGUUCAAUUUGGAAGACUCGACCCUGUUGCCAUACAAUGCAUCCAAUCCUACCUUUUUGGACUUGCAAGAUACUCCACCUGCGAAUCGUCGCAAGCCGGAAGGAUCGCCAUUGACCGAUUUCAUGUCGUCCACCUUUGACAUGAAGUUGCACAAUACAAUCAUGUCCUCCAAGUCUCCAUUGGUCCUACAGUCGGCGGAGAAGGCAGCGGCAGUCACUCGGAGCAACUCCAACAAGAGACAUCAUAUGGAUGCUUCUGGAAAACCAGAACCUCGAAAGCUAUGGCCCAAGGAGGAUGGUCCACCAGCCGGUGAUGCCAGCGGUGGAAGUCGAUCCUCUUCCAAGAGUGCUGGGGCUGUUCGAUUGGAAAUUGGAGGUGCUGGAUCGCUUUCGACUCGCAACAAGUUGGACGGAAUCAACAACAUGGUCCAAUCCACUCCUUCGCGCCGACCACAAGGCUAUGAUAUGCAUCCACCGCCACCGCCUCCGGGAUACCACCCAUCCAUGCAUUAUGUUUACCGUGAAGACAUGGCUACACCCAUCAAGGGAGGACACUACCGUCCUGGACCACCACGAAUGUAUCCUUCCAUGCCACCAAGCAUCACCAAGAAGAAUCCAUACUCUCCUCAUCCCGGAUCCGGCUCCAAGCCUGACUAUCAUUCGAUGGGUGGUUCUGCCAAGGGACCUCCUCCCUACUUGAGACCAUCGCCACCGAACUCGUCUCGCAAGUCGCCACCUCUAUCUACUGGAAAGGAGAAUGUUGCCAAUAGCGGCAAAAAGGGCGGACCUCCAGGCAAGAGAAGUCCAUGCAACUGCAAGCGCUCCAAAUGUUUGAAGUUGUACUGCGAAUGUUUUGCUGCCGAACGAUUCUGUGACGGGUGCAACUGUAACGAUUGUGGGAAUACACCCGGUGCCGGCCUUGCACGUGAUAAGGCCAUUAAGGAAACACGAGCCAAGAAUGCCAAUGCCUUCAAGAAGAAGUUUGAGAAGAAUACUCAGUCUGUUGGGCACAAUAUGGGAUGUCGAUGCAAGAAGUCGGCUUGUCUUAAGAAGUACUGCGAGUGCUUCCAAGCGGGUGCUCUUUGCGGUAGCAAGUGCAAGUGUGUCGAAUGCAUGAAUUAUGCUGGAUCUCAAGCAUUGAUUGACAAGCGACGCAAAAUCAAGGAUCAGCGUGGUGCCGACUUUGCCAUGAGGGUCGCCGAUGAAGCUUGGAAGGGCAAGCCACCCGGUCUGCCAUUGAGUGCUCGAAAGGGUAACCCAUACCCCAAUCCGGGUCGUCGUUACCCAACUCCAUCUCCCAUGGGAGCCGGAAGAAUGCCUCAUCAUAUGAUGCAUCCUGGUGGUCCUCCAAGAGGACCGCCGUCACAUCAACAUCAACACCACCACCAUCACCAUCCACACUACAUGGGACCGCCCAUGAUGAUGGGAUACCCACCGAUGGGCAUGCCCAUGACUCCUGUUGGAUACCAUCCACAUUCAGAAGCUCAUGGAAUGUACCCACCACCUCCAGGCCCGCCACCCCCGAGUUCGCGAAAGACACCGGGACAAAAGAGUGUGGCGACACCAGCCUCGGCCGAGCCCAAAUCACCACCAGUGAGAAUAAAGUUCGACCCUGCAACCAGCCGAAAGAAGCGCAACACAAAGGCCGGAGAACCUGAACCAACUCUACCUUACUUUGGCAGUACCAUGCCAGCACAACCCAAGACCACUGCACUUGCUAUUUUCUCCUUUUUGUCCAAUGACGAAAUCUACAACGCUGGACUUGUUUGCAAGAGUUGGUCUCGACUCGCAGUCGACGAAGAACUUUGGAAGAUUCAAAGUUAG